AUGGGUGGUGGGGGUGGGUGGGGGUGGUGGUGGGGUUGGUGGGGUGGGUGGGGGGGUGGUGGGGGGGGUGGGUGGUGGUGGGGGGGGUGGUGGGGUGGGGGGGUGGUGGUGUGGGGGUGGGUGGUGGUGGGGGGUGUUGGGGGUGGGUGUGGGGGGUGGGGGUGGGGGUGGGGUGGGUGGUGUGGUGGGGUGGGGGGGUGGGGGUGGGGGUGGUUGGGGUGUGGGGGGGGGUGGGUGGGGGUGGGUGGUGGGGGGUGGGUGGGGGGUGGGUGGGUGGGGUGUGGGGGUGGGGGUGGGGUGGGGGGGGUGGGGGGGGUGGGUUGGGGUGGGGUGGGGUGGGGGGGUGGGGGGGUUGGGUGGGGGGGUGUGGGGUGGGGGGGUGGGGUGUUGUGGGGGGGGUUGGUGGGGUUGGGUGUUGGGGGGUGGGUGGGGUGGUGGGUGGUUGUGGUGGGUGGGGUGGGUUGUGUGUGGGUUUGUGGGGUGGUUGGGUGGGUGGUGGGGGGUGGUGGGGGGGUGUGGUGUGGUGGGGGGUUGGGUUGUUGUUGGGGUUGGUUUUGGUGGGUUAUGUGUGCUCUAGGGGUGCCGAAGUAUCGGCUGUUCGGACAGGCCCCCUUCUGCCGUUGCGGUCGUUUUCGCUUGCCAGGCUCCGUCGGCGAGGCAUCGAGUUCAUUAGUGCUGUUUUUACCAACGAAGUAG